AUGGAUAAUUUCUCCGCCGAUAGAAAGCUUCCCGAGUCGAUGAUUAAAGACUUCACGCGGAUGAUUCUUCAAGGUUUAGUCUCGAUUCACCGUCGCGGCUACGUUCAUUGCGAUCUCAAAUCGGACAACCAUCUUGUGUUUCCGUCGACGAGAAAUUCAAAUUCGCCGUACGAGUUGAAGAUUUCUGAUUUCGGAAACUCGUUGAGAGUUGGGCAAGUUCCUGAUUUCUGGGCAAUUGAUUUUCCAUUCGUUGGGACUCCAAUUUACACGCCGCCCGAGUCUCUCCGUGACGGCAUCGCCAACAAAACCCUAGAUCUUUGGUCUCUGGGAUGCCUUGUCCUGGAGAUGUACACAGGCGUGAUUCCAUGGAAAGGCGUUGGACUCGAUGAUCUCAAGACUCGUCUUCUUGAUGGCAAAGCUCCUGAGAUUCCGGAGAGUUUGCCUUGCGAUGCACGGAGCUUCAUCGAGACUUGUUUCUCUAGGAAACAUGAGGAGAGAGGAAGCGCGUUUGAGUUGGUGUAUCAUCGCUUCUUGCGUCGUGAAGAGAGAGUAAACUCGUUUUUGUUGAGGAUGAAGAUGAGAAUCACAAGAGCUUCUUCUUCUAAGAAAUCAUCAAGGGAUGUUGUUGUUGUUUCAGAGAAGAAGAAGAAGAAGAAGGCUCUGAAAUUCAAGUUUUUUCCAACAAAGGCUCCACAGUUUAAGACUUCUCUGAGUAAAUUCCUGAAGAUGAAGAUUAUGCCUAUGAAACCCUUCACAGGUUCCAGUUUAGUAUCUGUUCAGUGA